AAAAAAAAAAAAACAAGAAAACAGUGUAAAAAAGUUGCAAAUUUUUUUUUUUUUUAAUAACAAAAAAUUUCAAUCAAUAUGUCUGAGGCUUAUUUUGAUGCAUACGACCAUUACAACUAUGACCAAGAUAAGUAUAUAUUUUCUGGUCAUAGUGGAAAAAAUCGUACAAAACGUGAAGCCAGCGAACAUAGCAAUCAUUUUGAUCCUAAUGGACAUUCCAGAAAAUUGUUAACCAAAUUUAUGAACACGAACAACAAUAAAAAACUUGUACAUAAAAAUUGAUAUAAAUAAAAGCAAACAAAUAAAGUAUUGAAACUUAUAAAGCAUAUUACGAAAAUUGUAAAGAAGAAGAGAAGAAGAAGACGCAAAGGAAACGGAACGGCUUUGAAUAACUAAUUGAAGAAAGCA